AUGUUCCCCCAGACCUGCUGGUGUCCAAAGCUGGAGAGGCUCUUUGUGCAGCUCCCAUCAAGCAGUGGUGAUACAUUUGUAGGGAAUUCCUUGGACGUGGCAGAGGAUGAUGAUUCAGAGGAAAGGCAUUCUGAGGAAGAUGUUACAGAGGAUGAUGAACCGGACGAAGAGGUUUCGGAGGAAGAAGAUACAGAGAGUGAUGAACCAGAGGAAGAGCUUUCGGAGGAAGAUGUGACGGAGGAUGAGUUAUUGCAGGAAAAACUGGUACAAGAAUAUAUGCUGAAGGAAAGACCCUUUUAUGAGGAUGUGUAUGAGGAAGAUAUUCUGGGAGAUGUGCCGGAGGAAGAGUAUUUUGAGGAAGACGCACCAGAGUAUGACUUAGGUAACCUUAUGUUUGUAAGGAUGAUGAAAUUCAAGGGCCACUACUUUGAGUUGCGUCUAGUAAGCUUUUUGUUGAGGAAGGCCACUGGUCUAAAUAAACUGCUAUUGGUUGCUCCUGAGGGGAAUCUCAUGGACACGGUUGGAAAUGAUCCUGUGGAUCUAUCUUCUUUUGUAGAGACAAAACAACUGCCUUUCAAAAGAGCUUCACCCAAUGUUCAGAUAAUUCUGAGCAAAUGUGAUUCUGCUGGAAUCCAGCCAGUGCAUGCUGAGAUUUUUGCCAACUUUUAG